ACAUGGCAGAACUCAGAGACAGGGCAAACAAAAGGAGGGAAACCGAUAACGGCUUAUCUUCAACUGAAAAACAAAUAAUAAGCACACAAUUCCCAUCUCUUGCUUCCUUGAGCUUGAACUCAAUGAAUUCCUCUUCCUCAAUAUCCCGUCUCGAAAAUGAAUCCAAAACACCAAACACAGCAAUGGUGGAGAGGGAAGUCGGAAACGAGGGCCUGAGAAAACAGAUUCUCAGGAAAGGAACUUCAUGGCAAACUCCUUCCCCUGGAGACGAAGUUGAAGUUCAUUUCAGUGGACAUAUUGAAGGUGGGGAACUUUUGGAUUCAAGCCGCGACAAAGGGGUUCCCUUCACAUUCAAAUUAGGCCAAUGUGAGGUUAUCAAAGGAUGGGAUGAAGGGGUUGCCACGAUGAAGAAGGGUGAGAGAGCAAUCUUCAAAAUACCACCAAAUUUGGCUUACGGGGAAACUGGUUCUCCGCCACUUAUUGCCCCCAAUUCGACUCUUAUAUUUGACAUUGAGUUGCUAUCUUGGAGAACCGUCAGGGAUAUCACUGGUGAUGGAGGAAUCUUGAAGAAGAUACUGAAGGAGGGUGAGGGAUGGGCCACUCCUAGAGAAACUGAUGAAGUUUCAGUUAAGUAUGAGGCGUGGUCUAAUAAUGGAACCCUUGUGUACAAAACAAAUGGCAUUCUGCACUUUCAUGUUAGUGAUGAUCAUCAAUGUCCUGCUGUAAGCAAAGCAGUGAAAACUAUGAGAAAGGGAGAAAAGGCAGAGUUAGCAGUAAAGUUCUCUUAUGGAUUCAACCCAAACAAAAAUAGAGUUGUUGAUCUUAAGGGUGGUGUUCUAACUGAUUCCAAUUUGAAGAUUCUGCUUGAACUGGUAUCCUGGAAAAGCAUAAUCGAUGUCACAGGAGAUAACAAAGUUCUUAAAAAGAUAACCAAGGCUGGUGAAGGUGUUGAUCGUCCCAACGAAGGAUCCCUGGUGAAAGUGAUAUAUACUGGAAAACUUGAAGAUGGAACAAUUUUUGAGAGGAAGGGGUCUUACGAGGAACCUUUUGAGUUCAUAACUUUGGAAGAGCAAAUUAAUGAAGGUUUAGAUAGAGCAAUCAUGACAAUGAAGAAAGGGGAAGAGGCCUUGGUGACUGUUAAUGAGAAAAAUACAUGUGACAAUGAGCAAAAGGACCCCAAAAAUUCAUUGCUUCAUUAUGAAGUCAAGUUGAUUGAUUUCACAAAGGAAAAACCAUUUUGGAAGAUGGACACAAAUGAGAAGAUAGAGGCUUGUGAAAGGAAGAAACAUGAUGGGAAUUUGCUGUUUAAGGCAGGAAAAUUUUGGCGUGCCUCCAAGAAAUAUGAGAAGGCAUGUGACCUAUUGUGAGUCAAUGCAUUUAAGCAAGAAUAAUAUUGAUAAAAACAUAAUCUGGCAUAUUUCUUGACUGGUUUGUUUCUUCAUUUGUGCUGAAAACUGCUUUUAAAACCAAUGUCAGGCUGCAAAUUUUGUCGAGUUUGAUCACUCUUUCACUGAUGAAGAGAAGUGCAUAGCAAAAGACUUGCGAAUAUCAUGUAAUUUGAACAAUGCAGCUUGCAAACUCAAAUUGGGCGAGUAUCAUGAAGCCACAAGACUCUGUUCAAAGGUUUUUUCCUCUCUUCUGGCUUCUUCCCUCAGUGUUUCCCUCUCUGCACCAUAAAUACAUAAGAAGAGUCAAA